GUAUAUAGCACCUCAAGAAAAAUCUUCACAUCCUCCUUGUUUUGUUAUUUGCACCAGUGAAACCUUUGUUAACAAAAUAUCAACAAGCAUGGGACCCGCAACAGCCUGGAUCGCCCCCACGUUAGGGUGUGUGCUUGGCAUCUGCAGGCAUUUCAUUGCGACGCGAGAAGUCCUGGCUGUUAGAAAUAAGCGAGAGCUCGGGGAUCUCAACCCACUGCCAUUCGCUGCAACUAUUCUAAAUUGCUCGGGAUGGAUUGUUUACACUGUAUUAGUACGGAAUUGGUACAUUUUCUGCACGGACUGCCCAGGACUACUAUGCAGCAUCUGGAUGACGUUCUCUCUGUACCCAUAUGCCAGUCACAGGGUGCAGAAUCAGCUGAAUGCCUUCAUCAUUUUGACAGCAGCGCUGUGGUGCAUGCUUGCUGUAGCAACAAUGAUAUUGCAGCAAUACUCCACCCAGCAAGCAGUGAUCAGCCUUUGGGGUUGGGCAGUGAGUAUAACCCAGGUCCUCUUGAUGGCAUCGCCGCUGUCUGGCCUGCUGAAUGCUUGGAAGCAGCGCAGCUCUGCAAACUUCCAUUUGGGCGUGUGCUUGAUGGGCCUGAUCAGUAGCUGUAUGUGGGCUAUAUAUGCAGUGACCGACAAAAACUUGUUUCUAGCUAUCCCAAGCUUCUUGGGAGGGCUGUUGUCUUGUGCUUCAUUGCUGGUGUGUUUUGUCUUCCCGAGGACCAUACCCCCAAGGCCAACACAGCAGCUUCAGGAGCAGACACGCACAGCAGAGAACGCAAUUGAGAUGGGAUGAGGCAUCAGCAGGAACCACGAUGUUGCAAUUCCAUUCGGGCCACAACUUGCUGCAAGCGUGUACCCCUCACGAAGCAGAAAAAAAUGCACUGCUGAAGCUGUACCAAAGUGAUCGUGGUCAACAAAUUGUCAGGUCAGUUUUGCACAGUAAAAUUUACUGAGUACUGAGUAAAGUGUGUUGGAUGCUCAAUGGCGAGCAAACUGCCACUGUGUUCCUUGGCAGGUUGAGUUGUAUGCAUAUCUAUUAAGAUACGGGCAUUCUUUCGGUGCAUGGGCUGUCUUCCCACCAAAGUGCUGCUUCUGGAUUGCUACCAACGAUGUGAACAAUUUGCAACUGCCCUAUAAAAAUCCGCGGAUCCCUGCUGGUGUUUCCCAAG